AGUAGGCGUGUCAUGAGUCUUGCACCUCUUGCAUGGUCGUCGUAUGUUGAAAGACUGAACGUGCAGACUGCAAAGGCGCAGUUUGACGACGCGGGUUACGUGCGUGCAGACGCGUAUUUCUCUGCAGAAGAGAUUGCGACAGUCAGGGAUGAACUGGAGAGAUACAAACGAGAGGUGAUACAAAGAGUUCCACAAAAGUUUGUAUUCUAUGAGGAUAAAUCAAGACCCACAGAGACAUUAAUACGACUCGAGAGGAUGAUGACAUUCGAUGAGUUCUUCUCCUCGCUGUCGAAAUCUCCUGCAAUCAAUGGACUGGCAGACAAACUUUUGGGCACGGAAUGUGAACCAAACAACGUACAAUACUUUUCAAAACCUCCAGGAGCAAAACCAACUCCUUAUCAUCAGGAUGGUCAGUAUUUUAUGCAUGAUAAAGGUCUAACAUUCUGGCUCGCACUGGAUGAUGUUGAUGAAGUCAAUGGAUGUAUGUAUUACGUGCCCGGUUCUCACAAGUACGGCUUGCUGCCACACCAUAAGUCCAAUGCUCUUGGCUUUAGUCAAGCUCUCACUAAAUUUCCUUCAGAAUUGCUCAAUACAGACGUGUGCAUGCGAGCUACAGCCGGCACUCUACUCGCACAUCAUCCUCACACAAUCCACAAUGCGGGUGGAAAUCGGGACAGCACAAGAUGGCGUCCUGCACUAGGACUCACAUUUUGGGCUAAAAAAUGUGGAGAUGAUGUUGAACUGCAAGCAAGACAUGAGGAGUACCAGGAAAUGCUUGCAGAACAGCUGCAGAGAGAUGGAAAGAUUUAGUUGCCAUACACACUUGUUUAUAAGAUUGGAAUAGUUGGUAUUAAAAUGUAGCCGAUGGUUUGAGUGAUUUGUGGUUUGUAAGUGGUAUUGUGCAUGAGUGCUACAGUGUGUGUGUGUGUGUGUGUGUGUGUGUGUGUGUGUGUGUGUGUGUGUGUGUGUGUGUCUGUGCGACCCACUCUGUGUGGACAUUUUACUCACACACAUCCACCUUUACAACACACAAGAUGCAAUCAAUACCACGAUAUGUGAUACUUGCUACUUGAGCAGACCAUAUAUCGUAGGUGAAUGUUGAGGGUUGGUUGCUAACAAGCCUCAUUUUCUU